AACUACUGAUUCAUUGCCCAGCAUGAGCAACAAGUCAGGCUACAUGCGCCAGAUCUACCUCGAAGGGCUCAUCUCCAACCGAUCGCCCACCUUUACCACAAGCACGGGCUCAGUCCUCGAAUCAGCAGCCCGCGAGAAGCUGUCACCGGAGGCAUACGCCUAUGUAGCCGGAUCUGCCUCAUCGGAGAGCACCUCGCAUAACAAUCGUGCUGCACUCGAUUCAUGGCAGAUUGUUCCCCGCAUGCUCGGUGGAGUCGACGUGGCUGAAUUUGAUGGGUCCACGACACUAUUCGGAGGGAAGAAGUACCAGACGCCAAUCAUUGUUUCGCCGAUUGGGGUCCAAUCCCAGCUGAACACUGAUGAGGCAGACCUUGCAACAGCUCGCGCCGCAGCAGAGCUAGAGGUGCCCUUCUGCCUCAGUAGCGCGGGAGAUCGCACGAUUGAGCAAGUGAGCGAACAGGUGGACUUCACGAACCCAGUAGGGGACGAGGAGGGGGGAUCAGAGGCGUGGUUCCAGCUCUACUGGCCUUCGGACGAUAAGCUGGCAGAGUCCAUUGUCAAGCGAGCAAAAGCGGCAGGGUACACUGCUUUGGUCGUGACGCUGGAUACGUGGAUCCUCGGAUGGCGUCCUCGCGACCUAGACCAAGCUUACAAUCCCUUCCUGCGUGGUCAAGGGCUCGCCCAGCUCCUCUCCGACCCUUACUUCAUCGCCACGUACUGCCCGGACGGGAAGCUCCCCUCCAAAGAGCACGACAACGACGCCUUCCUGCAAGUGUGCGCUACCGCCGUCUCCCUUCUCAAUCCGGGCAUCUCACGCUCCUGGUCUGAACUGCGCACCCUGCGUGAGCUCUGGGGUGAGGACAGGCCACUCCUGCUCAAAGGGAUCCAGAGCCCCCUCGAUGCGCAGAGAGGGUUGGAGGAAGGCGUGGAUGGGAUCGUUGUAAGCAACCAUGGAGGAAGACAGGUCGAUGGUGCGGUGGGUGCGCUGCAGGCCUUGCCUACUAUUGCAGCCAUGUGUAGGCAGAGGGGCAAGACAUGUAUUUUCGAUUCAGGGGUCAGAACAGGAGCCGACGUAUUCAAGGCGCUUGCACUGGGCGCUCACGCAGUCGGCAUCGGUCGCCCUUGGGCGUGGGGCUUGGCCCUCGAAGGGCAAGAAGGGGUAUCCAAGGUGCUCAAGGGCAUCUUGGCCGACUUUGAGCUCUGUGCUGCCUUGGCGGGGUGCAAGAGCGCGGGAGAGAUCGGGAGGCAUAUGCUCGUGAAGAGGGGGGAGAACCUUUGAUGCCGAAGUGCUAGCCCGUACGCCUGCUCAAUUCUCCUCUCGCAGCUCCGUCAGUAUCAUGCGAUAUGCGACCGUAUCCCGGCGAUACAGCUUCGUGUGGGUGUGAUCGUGAGAAUGUAUUGGUCAAGUGGG